AUGGCUACGGGCCUCGCCAAAAAUUUCGCAACCAUAUUGGUGUGCCGUUUCCUCGCAGGAACUUUUGGCGCUCCAGCUGUAGCUGUCGGUGCUGGGACGAUAGCAGACAUCUGGAACCUCCAACGCGGAGCUGGAGGCCUUGCCACCAUACUCUUCGUUUUAGCGCCAUUUGCGGGUUCGGCAAUUGGUCCCCUCAUUGGCGGCUAUACUAUUGACACGAGGAAAGAUUGGCAAUGGCUCAUGUGGGUUCUGAUCCUGGUGGCAGGGCCCGUGUGGUUGAUGGCUCUCGUCGUCAGUGAAACAUCGAAAAAGGAAUUGCUCCGCCGUCGAGCGAUUGCGCGAGGUCAUACACCACCACCAAAACCACCAACUACAGCUUUCCUAAAGGCUCUGUUUGUCAUAACGCUUUUUCGUCCAUUGAGAAUGCUGAUUAUAGAGCCUAUUGUGAGCUCUUUAUCCUUGUACGUGUCGUUUGUUUUCGGCGUCAUGUUUGCCUUCUUCGAUGCUUACCCGUAUGUUUUUCAAUCUGUCUACGCAUUUAGUCUCGGUCAAGUUGGUUUGGCAUUCGUGAGCAUUGUCAUUGGGUUUUUGUUCGCAGUCCUCACUUCAAUUGUAAUCAAUAAGACCUUGUUUGAAAAAUCCAGGAAGGAGGCUGGGCCUGGAAUACUACCUCCGCCGGAGAAGAGGCUCUAUGUUUCCAUGGUUGGAUCUGUUGGCAUUCCAGUAUCUCUGUUUUGGUUCGCCUGGACCGCGAAAGCCUCUAUUCAUUGGAUCGUUCCCAUUCUUGCAGGGAUACCCUUUGGCUGGGGCAAUGUCUGUCUAUUUCUGAAGCAACGUGUAGAUAAGAAUCCAAGAUGUCGCUUACCCGGCGGGGCUUCAGACACGUCCAAGCUCUGGAAUCUACUGAAGUCUGGGCGCUCUGGUCAAUGCGAGAUUCCCAAAUCACGUUUCAACGCGGAUGCAUUCUUCAAUAAGGAUCCCGAUUUUCCGGGGAGUAUCCAUUCAACAGGAGGAUAUUUCAUUGAAGAUGAUGUCCGCCUUUUUGAAAAUGCCGUAUUUGGCAUUAAUAACCUUGAGGCAAGCUACAUGGAUGCUCAGCAGCGACAAUUGCUCGAAGUGGUGUUCGAAUGCUUUGAAACUGCUGGCGCGACUAUCCAAAAUCUCUCUGGUACCAACGUUGGCUGCUAUGUUGCCAACUUUACCACCGAUUUUGUUACCAUGCAGGCAAAAGGUCCAGAAUCUUUCCAUCGAUAUAGUGCUACUGGGUUUGGGCCUACAAUUCUUGCAAACAGGAUCAGUCAUGUCUUCAAUCUGAAAGGACCCAGCUUUGUAAUGGACACUGCUUGUUCUUCAUCACUCUAUGCAUUGCACACAGCCUGUCAAGGGCUAAGACUUCAAGAAUGUGACGCAGCAGUUGUUGCAGGCGCGAACUUGGUUCAAUCACCCGAAUCAUACAUAGCGAUGGUCAAGGCUGGAGUUCUUUCAGCAAGCUCGACCUCACAUACUUUCGACAGUUCUGCUGAUGGGUAUGGAAGAGGCGAAGGUAUCGGUGCAUUAUAUCUAAAGCGCUUAAGCGAUGCCAUUCGGGAAAACGACCCAAUCAGAGGCGUAAUACGCGGGACAGCAGCUCAUGGAACAGGAACUCCGAGAGGCGAUCCUAUUGAGGUAGAGGCUCUUUCGUGCGUCCUGCAGCACAAAUCUGGUCGCGCUACAAUGAUUGGCUCUGUCAAGACCAAUCUGGGCCAUAGUGAGGCCGUGAGCGGCAUCUUGAGUGUCAUCAAAGUCGCCCUCGCACUUGAAAAUCGACUUAUUCCUUCCACCAUCGGCAUUCGUCAUCUCAACCCGGAACUCAAGCUCGAGGAGAGAAAUAUUGAAGUCGUUACUACCUCUACCGAAUGGCCAGAAGAAGUAACACCGAGAGCCAGUGUCAAUUCCUUUGGGUAUGGCGGAGCGAACGCACAUGCCAUAAUUGAGUCUGCGAGUCUUCACGUUCCCGAGGCCUAUAGAUCCACUCCUCACACAGCCGAUAAUUCCAACACAUAUCUCUUACCCUUCUCGGCUCGAACCUUGAAAUCUUUGCAGGAGAACGUUAAAGCCGUCGCCAGCUCUGGAUUGACUAACCUAAACAUCACUGAUCUUACAUACACCCUAGGAUCCCGCCGAUCUAGAUUCCCGACCCGCGGCUACAUGCUUGUCAAUCCAAGCAGCUUGUUCAACAGUUCCGAUCACGAUCUUCAAAUACUACGUCCGUCCACAGAUGCUUCGCCUCGGUCUUUGGCUUUCAUUUUCAAUGGUCAAGGAACCCAAUAUCCGGAGAUGGGUGAGAUUGCGGCUGCGUUUGCGUCUGGAUAUCUGACAGCCGAAGAAGCCAUAAUGAUUGCUUACUAUCGAGGGCUCACUGCUUCAGAGCUUGACAGCAAAGGUGCUAUGCUUGCUGUAGGUUUAGAUCAUCAAUCCGCGGAACAGCUAAUCUCGAGUCUCGAUAUACAGGACAAUGUCUGCAUUGCGUGUAUCAACUCUCCUAAAAGUACUACCAUAAGUGGUAACGUCAGUACAGUCGAACAGCUGUUCUUAGUUUUGCAAGAUCAAGGAAUAUUUGCCCGCAGAUUGGAGACUGAUGACAAAGCUUAUCAUUCGCCCGCUAUGAGAGUCAUCGGUCAUCGAUACGAGGCUCUCUUGUCUGAGCUCAACUUAGGAAAGAAUGCGGAUCUUUGCGCCAACGGAACUGUAAAGAUGUUCUCUUGUGUUUUGCAAAAGGUGGUCAGUAAGAGUGAGGUGAUCAGUCCUCAAUACUGGCGAAAAAACCUCGAGUCGCCUGUACUCUUCAGUGACACUUUGGAAGAACUUUUGCUCAGUGAUGAGCAUCACUUGAUCGAGGUCGGCCCACACCCUGCUCUUCGCCAACCUGUGCGCGACGUUCAAGACAAAGCCGAAACGUCUGCAAUUUAUUUUUCGACUCUUUCUCGCUAUAAGAAUGACGAACAAUCCAUGCUGAAGCUGGUAGGCGAUAUUUACUUGCAUGGUCAUGAGCCUAUCUUCGAGAACGUCAAUGAAGUAGACUCCGACUUCUGCCAGUCGCCUUCAAGGCCUCGAGUCUUAUCAAACCUCCCCCACUACUCCUGGGAUUAUGGACCUAUAAUGUGGAAAGAAAGUCGUGUCAGCUCAGAGUACCGCCAGAGAGCCUUUGGCCCCCACGAACUCCUCGGCUCCAGAGUCCCUGGCGGAUCGAAGACCACAGCAUCAUGGAGAAAUCUUUUGAGGAUGAAUGAAGCACCCUGGCUUCAAGAUCACAGGUUGGGGGGGACGACAGUAUUUCCUGCAGCUGGCUAUCUUGCGAUGGCGAUCGAGGCUUUACUGCAGGAAUGUCAAGCCUCUCAUUACUCGUCCAUUUUGUUUAAGCAAGUCCAUCUGAAAAGCCUUCUAGUCUUGCCUCAUGAAAAGGAAGGCGUCGAAAUUUUCACGAGCAUCAAGCCAAAUAACCCCUCCAGCAUCACAUCAUCGAAUUCAUGGUGGGAUUUUGAAAUCGCCUCAUAUGCUGCAAAUGUUUCAACCCUUCACGUCACCGGCUCCAUCAGAAUCUCUACUGAUGAUUCUCCAAUGAAGCCGAAAACCAAAUUCUCGGAGGACUCGUUCGAAGAGCAAGCCUCGCGGACGUGGUAUGAUAAGUUGAAUCGAGAAGGGCUUUGCUUCGGGCCGGCGUUCAGAUCAUUGUCGCAGAUCUUCACUGAUAGAUCAAAAAAGAUGUCAUGUGCUGUUGCAAAGACGAUUCUGUUUCAGAAAAACGAUAAGCCUUUUGGUCAACGUUCGAGCUACAUUGUGCACCCAGUGAAUAUCGAUGCAAUGCUACAAGCUGGAAUUAUAGCCUCGGCGUCUGGGACUGUCGGUGAACUGCGCAGCAAGAUUCCAGUUCUAAUUGACUGCUUGAAGAUAUCAGCCGCAAUACGUUUGGAUGCAUCAAAUGACUUUUCCAUCCGGGGGUCUUCUGAGAGCGUGGGGUUCGGGACUGCGAUACUAAGCGCAGACUUUGAGAGCCGUACAGGUCAGCAUCUGAUGCAGAUGAGUGGCGUUCGAGUCGUUGCCUAUGUGGACAGCUUGCUAAACAAGGGGACUGUGGCGGAACGUCAUCCAGCAUUAAGGAUCCUUUGGAAACCGGACAUCUCCACAUUUGAGAGUACGUGUGUGCCAGAGCUUACAAAAUGCAUUAGAAGCUUCGCCUCGCAACUUCCAGUGGACGUAGGUAGCCCAGAAGCUCCAAGGAUAGCUGCAGCUAUAGACCUGUUAGUACACAAGAAUCCGAGAAUGCGCAUCCUUGAGCUCAGCAGUACUGCUAGUAGUCGAUUAGCGGGUCUCUUAAACAUAAUAGGUAUCGGACCACCGCAGAAGCGAUUCGAAUCGUACGUGAAGUGUACCCUCGAUCCAACCGGAGGGCUAUCGAGUCACGAGGUUGCAGGCAAUCUCGCAGCUGAUGAGAGAGUUAUCGACUUCACGCCAUGCAAACUUGAAUCGAUCUAUGACAUCGUGAUUGUGACAUCCGUGGGUCCCCCUGGGAAAGAUACUGCGGACACAUUCGAUAUGUACCUAGAUCACUUAUCUAGCAACAUAAGCGUGAAUACCAUAUUUGUGUUCACGACAGGCUUUUCUUUUGAUCCAUCCUUGUUUGAGCAGCCUCUCGACAUACUGCACACAGAUUUCGAAGAUUCGGACGUGAACAUAAGCAUAGCAAGACCGUCUCAAAGAUUGCACACACUGUUCGAAUCUAGCAAACAUAACUAUAUAAUGGUCGUGGCAAAUAGAGACAAUCCCUUGAAUCAUCUUAUUGCUGCGACAUUGUCCGAAGCUCUUGGAUUUGACGUCCAGCAAUUGUCUUUAAAUGAGGGACCAUUGGGUACUGUAGCACCGGGCUCUAUUGUUAUUACAACUCUUGAACUUGAAGAGCCUCUCCUAGCAGAUAUGACCGACCAUCAAAUGCAAAUGGUCAAGCGCAUGAUCGAAAAUGCGUCAAUACUUCUCUGGGUAACAGGUGGAGCCCUCUUCAAGGCCCAACGCCCAUUAUUUGCGCUCGUACUGGGUCUAGCUAGGACAGUGAUGCUAGAACGACCGGCAUUGAAAAUGCCAGUCCUGGACUUGGACAAUACGACUCUUGACUUGGCUAUUUCAGCUCAAAACGUUGUACUCGUGCUUAGGCAGGCAAUGCACAGCCCCAGCCCCGAGUCCGAGUAUCGGCAGCAGGAUGGGGUCUUGCAUAUUAGCCGUCUUACUCCGGACCGCCUGGUAAAUCAACAAUUCCGACAGACAAAGAACGCCGAGCUCGCCUCGAAGUCGCUUGAGUCAGCCGGCAACUGCCAGCUCAAUAUUCGAGAUGUUGGACAAAUAGACACCCUUCAUUUCAAGCAACAACCGGCGGCUGCUAGUGAGUUACCAGAGGGAAACCUGGAAGUGCAAGUAAAGGCUAUUGGACUGAACGCUAAGGGCUAUUAUGCUGUCAGCAGCCGAACAGAUACUAAGAAUUCUACCUUUGCGUUGGAGUUUAGUGGGAUAGUGACCAGAACAGCUUCCAACAAUUCAAAGUUCAUGCCGGGCGACAGAAUAGUUGUAAUGGCACCUUCUCAAUUUGCGGCUUACGAAUGGGUUCCGGAGUUUGCAUGCUGCAAGCUGCAACCUCACGAGGAAUUUACUACGAUUCUGAUACAUUCCGCGGCUGGUGGACUUGGAAUGGCGGCUGUUCAGAUUGCACAACUCAAAGGUGCCGAGAUCUUCGCUACUGUUGGCACAGACGAAAAGAAACGGUUUCUGGUCGAGAAGUUCAAUAUCCCAGAGGACCAUAUUUUCAAUUCUCGCAAUUCAUCUUUCCGUUCUGGUAUUCUUGCCGCAACAGAGAAUCGGGGUGUUGAUGUGGUUUUGAAUUCCCUGACUGGAGAUGCCUUUCAAGAUAGCUUGCAAUUAUGUGCAGAAUUUGGCCGCUUUGUGGAAGUUGGCAAAAUGCCUUCAUCCGAGUACGGAAGCUUGGACAAGCAAAUCUUCUCUCGAGGAGUCACCAUCACGGCCUUUGAUUUGACCAGUCUUUAUUGGUCCAAAUCUAAGGCUAAGCGUCAGAUCUGGGCAGAGAUAGGUGAUAUUGAGGCAAUUAAGCCGUUGAAGAUCUUCAGUGCCUCAGAAGUCGUGCAAGCCUUCCGAUACUUUGCUCUCGGCACUCGUCUAGGAAAAGUCGCCAUCUCUUUCGAAGAUCUCCAGACACAGAUACAGGUUCUUCCUAUCAAAUCCCAUUCUACCUUCAGCAACGAAAAGGCAUAUAUAUUAGUCGGCUGUCUUGGUGGGCUAGGUCGAAGCAUGUCCCGUUGGAUGUUGGAGCGUGGAAUGCGAAAUUUCGUAUACCUAGGUCGAUCCGGAACCGAUAGGCCAUCCGCAAAAAACCUUGUACAGGAUCUUGAGGCAGCUGGUGCUAACGUGAUAGUUGUCCGUGGGGACGUCACAGUUUUUGGAGAUGUUGAUAAGACGAUUGCAGCUACACGUCGAGUUAUAGGUGGCGUUGUGCAUGCUGCAAUGGGUAUACAUGUGAGGACCCAGAUUGACCGACCACUAGCGGAGUGCUGA